AUGAGCCGCCGCAAACGUGCAAGGGUUGAAACCCGCGAACUAGAUGAAAAAUUAAAACAAGAUGAUUCGGAAUCUGAUCAAUCUGAGAAAAGUAAGAUUGCGUCUUCAAGCCCAAAAACAGUCUCAGGUCGAAGAGAGUCUUCUUCCAGUCGCAAUGAAACGAAGAAAGAUGAUAAACUUAUUAUAACACAGGAAGCAAAGAGCGAAGAUAUUGAAGAAGUUAACUAUAAGGAAAUGCUUAAUAGUUUGGAAGGAGCUGCGUUUCAGUCAAGGCUUCCAUUUGAUAAAAUGUCAUCACUAGAAGCAGAAUGUUUCUCAGACUUGCAAGGCGCAUCUGCUCAAGCUUUCAUACAAAUAAGGAACCGAGUUUUGAAACUUUGGUUUGGAGAUCCUAAGAAACAACUCACACAAGAGAUUGCUAUUCAAAAGAUGGAGCCACCUUAUAACGUUGAUCCUGUGCUUGUCUUAAGAACUCAUGCCUUUCUAGAGAGACAUGGCUUCAUUAACUAUGGUAUUUAUGAACGGGUCACUCCUAUACCAUCUCCGCCCAAAGGGAAACAGCGUCCUAAAGUUGUCAUUAUUGGAGCAGGUGUUUCGGGGCUAGCAGCAGCUCGUCAGCUACAGUCGUUUGGGUGUGAAGUUGUUAUCUUAGAAGGGAGGGAACGUGUUGGUGGACGCAUAGUCACGUAUCGGAAAGGGCCAUAUGUCGCUGAUCUUGGUGCUAUGGUAGUGACGGGUCUCGGUGGCAAUCCUGUGACGACACUUUCAGUACAGAUGAACAUGGAACUUCAUAAGAUUAAGCAAAAGUGUCCGUUGUAUGAAGCUACGGGAAAUCAAGUGCCUAAACAUAAGGACGAAAUGGUGGAGCGCGAGUUCAAUCGCUUAUUAGACGCGACCUCGUAUCUCUCGCACCAAGUGGACUUCAAUUACUUCGACGACACCCCGGUCUCAUUGGGGCAGGCGCUCGAGUGGGUCAUUAAGUUGCAACAGAAGAAUGUCAAACAUAAACAGAUACAACAUCUCAAAGCAUUCAUAACUUUGCAAGAGAAACUCAAGAAUAACAUAAACAAAAUGUCAGACAUAAGAGAGCUCCUUAAAUCUAUGAAAGCGGAAAAAGAAGCGUUGCUAGCGGAAGAUAAAGCCACUUCCGAAGAUGCUGGUAUAUUACACGAGUUUAACUUGCGAAGACUUAACCGCGAGUUAAAUAAACUGUGCAAUGAGUAUGAGGCAAUGGUUAAACAAAACGCAAGUAUUGAUGAUAAGUUGGCGCAGUUGGAAACGAAUCCGCCCAGCUCCGUGUACCUGUCGGUACGUGAUCGUCAGAUACUGGACUGGCAUUUUGCAAAUUUGGAGUUCGCCAAUGCCACGCCCCUCGCCAACCUGUCGCUGAAGCAUUGGGACCAGGACGACGACUUCGAGUUCACCGGCAACCACUUAACAGGUAAUUUAAUAAGGCUUUAA